AUGCCCACAGUUGCGGAUAUAAAAUACUUAGAACCAACGACUCUGCGGAAUUGGCUCCGUCAAGGGUGUAGUGCCACGGGAUCCAAGUUCUUGGUGGUUGAUGUUAGAGACUUUGACUAUGUUGGGGGCCACAUUAAAAACGGAAGAAAUUUGCCUGCAAACACGCUGACCAAAGAGCUGCCCAAACUGGCCGAAGAUGUGCUGGAUAAAGAUUACAAAGAUGUGGUUUUUCACUGUGCUCUCAGCCAGCAGAGAGGUCCCACUGCAGCCAUGUCGUUCUUGCGGUAUCUCAAUAAAACAGAAACGGAAAUAAAAGGUCUGACAGUCUGGAUUCUGAGAGGAGGGUUCACAAAGUGGCAGGAACUGUAUGGUGAAGACGAUAGUGCCACUGAAGGAUACGAUAAGCGGAUCUGGGAGUUCCAGUAA